CCAAAAUCCUCGAUGGAUAUGAUCAUUGUAGUCCGACCAGGCCCAGGAGGGGAGAGGGUGAUGUAUUAACGGAUGCGAUUUAUCUAGAAUACAACAAUUUUCAGCAUGAUGAGAUGAAGUAGUUGAAGUAGAUAAUUUCUAGCUGCUUUAGCUUAGGAAGAUUAUCUUCUAGCAAGAACUAGUGUGAUAAAGCAAGAUCAUCUUCUAGCAAGAACUAGUGCGAUGUAAAAAUAUACCGAUUACUAGUGAGGCGACCAUUUUACUUCUACAUAAAGCCACUGCUCGUGGUACAACCUUCGACAAGAUGCAGGGUGUUGCGGGACUCUUCAAUUUCGGCGACAUCUACAAUCCACGGUACGGGGAAGUACUCAACUUCUUAUUUUCUGCUUCUUGAUGAUCUUUGAUCGAUAUCGCGAUAACGAAGGACGCUCAUGAUCAUUGGGGUUCGUCUAUUUUCACAUCAAUUUUCUCUCUCAAACCACCACGACAGACCGCCCAACGGCCGAACCCGCUACCCAAGACCACUGAUCCGAUGGACUGGGAGUGUCCGAAUGAGAAGUGUAAGAACAUCAACUUCAAAAAGCGGGACACCUGUAAUCGAUGCGGAAUCAAACGCCCAAAGGACUGGCAACCAGACCCGAGAGUGGCAAAACAGAUAGCCCAGAAAGAGGCAGAAGGCAUUAUCGGAGCAGACAAUAAGUGGCUAUGUCCUAGCUGUGGCGAGAGUAACCAUAAAGCGUUCGCACGAUGCGAGAACUGCAAUGCGCCAAAAAUCACGCAAGAAAGGAUAAAAAGCAAGAUGGAACAUCAAGGUACUGAGUAAUGAGGUGAAGAAUCAAGAAUGUGGUCAAUCCAAUUAUCUACUUGUUGUUCAAAGAUAGUUGUUGUUCAAGGAUACUAAAGAUCUUCUUGAGAAUGUAGUGUCUUGUUCUUCUUCUUCUUCUUCUUCUUCUUCUUCUUCUUCUUCUUCUUCUUCUUCUUCUUCUUCUUCUUCUUCUUCUUCUUGUUUGAACCGCGAUAAUUAUCGUGCCGAUUGACUUCAACAUAAUAGGUCGCGCCGGCGGCUACUAUGAUCGGCAAGACGUGGACCGAAACGAGUAUAACAGCGACGAAGAGAGUGUCGAUGAAUAUGGGAGGAAGAAGAAGAAAAAGGGUGCACUAGGUGCCGUCAAGCGUGGCCCAGCACCAUUUCGGACGAAACGAGGAACGGCUGUUGGAGACAAACAGGAUGCAGAUUUAGCUCCAGGCGACAUCAGAUCGUCUAGCAACGAUAGUAUUGCGAUGGGCGACGUCCUCGAGAAUGUAGUUGCAGGCAAUAACGCGAUUGCGUCGCAAGUGGGGCAACCCGCGGUAGCGUUUACAUGUUGUACUUCUUCCAGCUCGACUGCAAGUGCGCCAGUCCUGUCACCUGGGAUGACGACAGCCGCUCUUGCACCAAACCCAACGCCCAUCGCGACAUCUUCCUCUUCAACAGCACCUCCUCCUACAUCGUUACCAUCAGUGCCUACAACAUUACCUCCCCCAGUGGACAUCAACGCCAACCCUUUUGCUGCAAUGAUGAUGCAGCAGAUGAAGCAGAUGGCGAAUAUACAGCCAGAGCAGUUGCAGAUGAUGCAAGCGAUGAUGACCACGAUGAUGGCUGCAAAUGCCGCGGCGGGAGUAGGGGCUGUAGGAGGUAAUGUGAUGGCUGGUGGAGUGGCAAGUAAUCCUAGGACUAAUAUGAUGGGAACAAUGGGUAUGAUGCAGGCACCCGCGGUGACAGGCACUGGAGCUACAUCGCCGGGAGUGAUGGGGAUGAUGCAGCCGCCGGUGCCAGGUGUGGUGAAUCCGACGCAGCCAGCAGCAGCAUCCGCAUCAGCAUCAGCGCCAGCAGGUAUGAGAAUGAUGCAGCAAGCCGCACAAGUUGUUCCUCCAAGGGGACAAACCGCGGCACAAGAGUCUUCCUCCUCUUCAUCUUCUUAUGCACCAUCAGCACAGAUACAAACGUCUGCUUCAGGAGCAGAUCAUAUGGCUUCUACGAACAACAGUACCAGAAACAUUCCACCAGACAGGAGUGACAGAAGUAGAGAAACAACGACAGGAGCUCCAGACAGGGACAGACGUGACGAUCGCAGACCUCGGCAGAACUCUAGGGGACGCGACAAAAAGAGACACAAUUCCAGGAGGAGAUCAAGGUCCCGUGGUAGGCGAAGGUAAAUGGGGUUACAUUUACAACUACCAGAAGACCUCUUCAAUCUUCUCGUAGACUACCAGAUUGUGUAAUAAUUGAAAAACCGCCUCAGACCAAGGAACGUCAUCAGCGGUGAAACUUUCCGCUUACGCGCGUACAACUUCAUUCGCAUAUUAAGAAACUCUGAACUCCAUCAUCUUUUUAGACAGGUACAUCACAUGAUCCCUACCUAUCCCUGGCUGCAUUCAUUUGUUCGAUUAUAGAUGUCAUACUGCGAAACUCAAGAU